UGCAAUGACUGGUUAUUACGCGCGUUUGCUCCGCAGUUCUGUUCAAUAAUUUGUUGCAGCAGAGUUGUCUGUGUCACAGCAUUCAAGGCAGGAGGUUCGGAAAGUUGAUCUCGUUACCGGCUGCUAAAGUGAGGCUCAGCACUUCUCAUUGCGCUCUGUCUGACGCGUGGAGCACAUCUGAGGGGAGGUAAAAGAGCCAAGCUCAACCGAGGGAAAAAGGCGUAAGAUUUAAUUUACAAGAGGAAACGGGAAGGGAGGCAACAAUACAGGAUAGCGGAGACUUGAAGCUGGCUGAUGUUCUCUUCAAUUUAACACAAGUGAUUGCUUCUUGAACCUUUUCAAACAACUUCGCACGAGGGAAAAAAAAACAGCCAUGACAGAAUAAGCUAUCCCUGUCGUUUGUGCUGGGUUACCAAUUAGCGAAGAUGCUGGCGAGAAUGACAUGUGGGCAUGCGAAAAAGAAUGGCUCGGAGUUCAUCUCGUAAUUUGUCUGAGCUCACCGUGGAUUUCUCUUAGUUUUCCUGAAGACGAGGGCGCGUCCAUACAGCCCCCCGUUUAGAUUUUUAAUGAUUUAAUCAACUCAUUAGCUGUCACGGCACUUAAUAUGUGGCUCCGACACAUUGUGAGGGCAGACCAAUCCUUACAUUUUGGCUAACUAUACAGGUACGGGAAAGAGAAAAUAAGUCAGUGCUUCUUUCGUUUUUCAGUGGUAUCCGCCUGCCUCCCGUACAUUUGCCCCGUCGUGCAAAGUUGGUGACUAUCAGGAUCUUGGCAAAGGAGAUCCUCAUUUUAGAGGAAAUCGGUGGAUGACAAGCAAGAGAAAUCUGGACCUAUAGAGCAGAGGAAGCUUGACAAGCUUCGUAUUUGAGCGCAGCGUUUGUUUGUGUUUUUGUUUUUUUGCCGUUUGGAACCCUGCGUUCGUAUUUGCAUUUGAAGGAUGUUACUGGUUUUUCGUUGCGCCGAAUAACAGUUCUUCGGGAAUCUAGGAUUGAAUUGCUUUAUUUCAAGUUUUCUCGAAUUGUGGAUUAUUUAGAGACUGCAGCUGUUUUCACAAGAACUGCACACCUAUUGACAAAUACUGGAGACAUGCUCGGAUAUUUAGAUAUACACGCCGCUGGAACCGUACCGGAGUGCUAACGAGCAGUAAAGGAAAUUAUCAUAAAUUUAUUAGGAGAAACAGAAUUGGAUAGGGGCUUCAUUGUUUCCAGCUCCCUGGCUCGGAGUUCCCGUUGGAUUUAUCAUGAUGUUUAUGAAUAUUUUCAGCGUCCUGUUUUUAUUAGAUGAAGCUGCUCGCUCCAUGGCCAGCUCUUCCGCCAUGUCUGGAGCAGGCACCCAUGGCUGGAGGGCCCCGGUGGACUGUGUGAAGGCCAGUGACAUGUGCAACCAGAACUCUCAGUGCAGUUCGCGCUACCGCAUUAUGCGCCAGUGCCUGGUGGGAAGGGACAGGAACACCAUGCUGGCCAACAAGGAGUGCCAGGCGGCACUGGAGGUGCUACAGGAGAGCCCGCUGUAUGACUGCCACUGUAAGCGGGGCAUGAAGAAGGAGCUGCAGUGCCUGCAGAAUUACUGGAGCAUUCACAUGGGUCUGACUGAAGGAGAGGAAUUCUAUGAAACAUCCCCAUAUGAGCCUGUGACAGUUCGCCUGUCUGAUGUCUUUCGUCUGGCUUCAAUUAUCUCAGGAAUGGACUCCGCCACCGUAAAGGGGAACCACUGCUCGGACUCGGGCAAACCCUGCAACCCCUGCCUGGAUGCAACCAAGGCGUGCAACCUGAAUGACACCUGCAAACGGCAGCGCUCCUUCUACAUCUCGACCUGCAACAAGGCCACGCCCAUGCAGCAGGCCCCGGAGCCCUGCAACCGCAAGCGGUGCCACAAGGCCCUGCGGCAGUUCUUUGACCGCGUGCAGACCGAGUACAGCUACCGCCUGCUCUUCUGCUCCUGCCGGGACAAGGCCUGCGCGGAGAGGAGGCGGCAGACCAUCGUCCCCUCGUGCGCCUACGAGGAGAAGGUCAAGCCCAACUGCCUGGAACUGAGGAAGACCUGCCGCUUAGACCCUCUUUGCAGGUCAAGACUGGCUGAUUUUCACAUGAACUGCCAGAUGACGACUCACUCUAUCACCAGCUGCCCCAAUGACAACUACCAGGCCUGCCUGGCAUCUUACGCUGGGCUGAUUGGUUCGGACCUGACUCCUAACUACGUCGACGCCAGUUAUACCAACUUCACCAUCUCUCCGUAUUGCACAUGCCGAGGCAGUGGAAACCAAGAGGAGGAGUGUGAAAGGUUCUUAAGGGACUUCAGAGAAAACACCUGCCUGAGAAAUGCAAUUCAAGCCUUUGGAUAUGGAACAGAUGCCAGCCUGGUUCCCAAAACUGCGACAGUCCCAGCUACAACCUCAGUGGGGCCUGACGUGGAGCCGGAGAGCAUUCUCAAGCCCUCGGUAAACCCCAAUGACAUUAAGCCCGGAGAUGAUGCCUGUGUCUUCUCCACCUGCGCCAACCUGAAGGAAAACGGACCAAAGUGUAAUCUCUCCAAAGACUACAUUUGUGAAGAUGAGCCGGAUCCCAACAUGGAGAGUUCCAUUGACUCCAACGGCCUGGCAAACGUGGGAGACGAGGAUGGAGGGCGAUCGUCUGGUGUGGCCGCUGGCGCUGGGGCAGCAAUAGUCUGUCUGUCCUAUGCGCUGGUCUGGCUGUCUCUAUAAAACCUGCCAUGGUUCGCUCAUUGACCAGUAACCUGAGGAAAACAAGCAUAAAACAAAACCCCUCAUAAGGACCUUGAGAAACCACACGCUCUCUCUCUCUCUGCGGCUUUUCCUUUCUUCAACGACAGUGACGACGACGACAGCUUGUGAGAUUCCUGAGGAACAUAUCAAGGACUGCUAUGCGGCACUCUUUCCAUUACAGAAAGAGAGAAAGAUGGUUGUAGAUCGCAAUGACUGUAGAUUCCAAAGUCGAGACCUAAUGGGAUAACUCUCUCCUUUAGGCCUCCCUCCUAGCUGCUUGGUAGACCACUUUUAUUAACUCAAAAUGGAGAGGCGCCAUGCAGUGUCUCCUCGAAUUCAGUGCUUCUGAACCACGCGAUGAGGGAAUGUCCUUGCUUCUUUGUGGACGGUGGUUCCAUUGUCGCUCCCUUCCCUUGCCCAGGCCCUGCUGGGUUAGGUGUUCAUUGCUCUGCUCAUUCCCUCCUUCUCUAACAUCCGGAUCAGGGCCACUGUCCUUUGACAGAUGGGCCAGCUUACUUUCCUUUGUCUGUCUUUUUUUCUGUUUUUUUUUUUUUUCUAAGACAGAACAUAAAAAAGCAGCCACCUUUAUGUUUCGUUAAAAGUAUUUUAAAUAAAA